AUGGAGAAAUCGUUUGUUCGUCAGACUCGUUCCAAGACCAAGGCUGCCAAACAGUCUAAUCUCUUCGGUGAAGAACAUCUUAGUACUUAUGAACACGAUCUGGACAACCCAACAAUGCAGAAUUGUAUAUGGUCCAAUGCGGAGGAUGCAAGCGUUGGAACCAUUUUUCGUGCGCGAGGGUGGAUGGAUACGAAUACUGUCCAUUCGAAGGAGUUUUGCUGUGCGGAGUGUUCGUCGAAGAGAGUACCAGAGCGAUCAGCUAGGUCGGGAUCUGGUCGAUCGAGUGCUACAAGCGGUCGUAGGUCCCACAUUGACCGUGAAAUCCAACGUCUGGAGGACGAGAGGCGAGCUGAAGAGCAGGUAGAACAGGAGCGGAUACAGCAGGAGAAGUUGCUGAUUGAGAAAGCCGCUAAGGAGAAACUGGAGCGGGAAAAGCAGUUCAUAGCUAGAAAGCACGAGUUGCUCCGCCAGCAGGACGAUGACAUUGAGAGCUUUGUGAGUCGUCGUAGUAGCAGUAGUAGUAUACUAAAGGUGGAGAAAUGGGUUGAGCAGCAUAUUUCCCGCACCGGCGCCGUCGGUGGUAGUGAGAAAGAAAACAUUCCAGAGUCGGUCGAACCACAAGAGUCUAUCCCUGUUGGUUCGUCUACUCCGUUGGGUGGUAGCGCAAUCACUGCUGGAAAUCAGCAACCAGCUGCUGACGAGCAACGGGCAUCUGUACCCCGUACGAUCGAGAGCAUCACUAUUGGUGACAGUCCGGAGGAAGAUUUCCCCAAGUUGCAUUUGCGUGGCAAAGCGGAACUGCAGCAAGCAUACGACGAGAAGAAGGAAUUAGAGAAUCGAUUACACGAAAUUGAAUCGAACUUGAAACGGCAACGUCACAUGGAACUAGAACACCAGCAGGAGAACGAAUUGAGGCGAAGGCGAGAAAUAGAACUUGUAAACCGACUGAAUCGACUGGAGGAGCAGCGUGCAGGAGAGCGGCAACAGCUACAGGAAGUGGAAAACGCAUUGAAAAGACAACUAGAGGAUAGUCAGCAACGAUAUCAGGCACUGGAAACCAAACGGCGGCAAGAACAUGCUGCGCGAGAAGAAGAGCUACGGCGACUUAAAGAACGAGAGCAGCAGCUUGCUCAGCAACUGGAAUCGGUUCUUCUACGAGAGAAAAUCGGACAUCCAUCACAUGCAGCAUUACCGGAGUCCACGGGAAGUGGUACAUCUCUGGCGUCCAUGACCUUGUAUGGGAGGCCCGAGCAAAUCGUGCAUCACAUGGUGACCAAAGUUCGUGCCACUCCCGCACCAAGAGCGGACAAGCUGGAAACUCUAAUCCAGUUUGGUCUAGUUGUCCAAAAUCUGUGUGGACAUCUACAAGCGAUUGGAAUGGAAAAUCACCUUUCCAACCCCAUUCUACUACAAGAGCUCGUCGAUAAACUUCCAGCCAACAUCAAAUUCAGCUGGGCACUGUACCAGGAGCAACAGCCGAUUGUCAACUUGAGGACGUUUGGCGAAUAUAUGGGAAGAGUCACGACCGCUACUAGUGGAAUAACUAAUGUUUGUCCGAUUUCAAAGCAUCAGAAAGAUGAAAAACCUAAGGCGAAGGAAAAAGCAUAUGUGAACACACAUACUACGUACGAAAAGAAGAAGCAAGGAUCAUCUGCCAGUCUUCCUAAAGGUGAUCAACGGGUAGAGACAUCGAACAUAAAGCGCAACGAAAGCGAUACAAAAAAGGAAUGUCCGUUGUGCAAAUCGCAUGACCACAUCGCAGAGAAGUGCGUCGAGUUCAAGAAGCUCUCAGUGAACGAACGCUGGAAAGUGGUGAAGGAAAAGAAACUCUGUCGGAGAUGUCUGAUCGCACACACUCGCUGGCCAUGUGAAGGCGAAGUUUGUGGAGUAAACGAAUGUCAGAAACGUCACCAUCGGCUACUUCAUUACGACCCUAAGCCGGAACAGCCUUUGACUACUACGAAUGCCACUGUCACUGUCCACCGACAACCAGUUACGUCGACCUUAUUCAAAAUACUACCGGUCACGUUGUACGGCAAGACAGGCAUCGACACUUACGCAUUUCUUGACGAUGGAUCAUCUACAACUCUCCUAGAGCAAUCAAUAGCUGACGAACUUGGGGUCGAUGGCAAGGUGCAAUCCUUGUGCAUGCAGUGGACCAGCGGAAUCAACAAGAAAGUGGCUACAACUCAAAUCGUUAAGCUAGGUAUUUCGGAACCUGGGAGUAGAAAGGUGUAUCAGUUAUCAGAAGUCUACACAGUUGAGAACUUGGGGCUUCCGGAACAAUCGAUUGAUGUAGAUGAGUUAGCUAAACAGUACAAGCACCUACAACGUUUACCGGUGAAGAGUUUCCAGAGGGCUACGCCAGGACUGCUGAUUGGAGUAAAUAAUAUUCAUCUACUAAAUACUGCCAAAAUACGUGAAGGGAAGGAGCAAGAGCCUAUUGCUGCAAAAACUCGCAUCGGAUGGGUUGUUUGCGGUUGUCUGCGUGGUGAAGAGAAUCAGUUUCUACAUCGUCAGAUGCACAUUUGUGCGGAAUUAACCGAGCUCGAUCUACAUAAUUACGUUCGAGAAUUCUUCUCGGUGGAAAGCAUAGGUGUCGCCGUUGCACCGAAUUUGGAAGGCAAGGAUGAUCAACGGGCGCGCUUGAUCCUUGAAGGAACGACGAUACGGAAGACGGACGGAAAAUUCGAGACAGGGCUGCUGUGGAAACAAGACGAUUUCGAGUUCCCUGACAGCCGACCGAUGGCCGAGCGACGACUGAAAUGUCUCGAGCGGCGCCUGGAGAGGGAUCCGAAGCUGUAUGACAGCGUGCGUCAACAGAUAGCAGAUUACGAGUUUAAAGGGUACAUCCACGUAGUGACCGAUGAAGAAAGGGCUAAGUUUGAUCCACGCCGUACUUGGUACUUGCCGCUUGGGGUAGUCUUAAAUCCCAAUAAACCUGGCAAAGUGCGCGUGAUAUGGGACGCGGCCGCCAAAGUAAAUGGUGUGUCGUUGAACACGAUGUUACUAAAGGGACCGGAUCGCUGA